AUGAAGGACUUGGCGUCAUGCUUCGGUGAGCACAUGGUGUGCGUCUCCGACGUGUCGUGCUUCGGCAGCGUCAGCCCUAGGAGCCACGUGGGCCCUACUCUCUCUGUCAGCAUCGACGACUCCUUUUUCUCCUCCUCCUCCUUCCCCUCCACUAUGAUGUGCCACCUCCUUCGCAAGAAGAAAGGCUCUCGCUCCGUCACCACCUCCCGAGUCCCCUCUAUUUUUCUUUCCUGGGAUGCCUCUUCUGCUAAGUACAUGUCCGGUCCCGAGCCGGUCGCCAAUUUCUACCUCUUCGUCUCCGUCGACGGCGAGCCAACCUCUCGCUCGACGACGGCAUCCCCGCUGCCAAAUUCUCCUUGCUAA